AUGUACAUCCUGCCCCUCCUCGGCUACGCGGGCCUGGUGCUAGGCUUCGGGUUCCUCACGCUCUCGAUCGCGUCGGGCCUGUACUACUUGUCGGAGCUGGUGGAAGAACACUCGGUGUUCAGUGCGAAGCUACUGAAACGGCUGGUCUGGGUGGUGAUUGCGAUCCAGGUUCUCCUGUGUCUGGUCGACAGCUUCCCAUGGCAAUUGACGUUAUUGGGAGUAGGGAGCCACUUAGUGUAUGCGACCAACCUGCGACAUUUCCCGAUCGUCAAGUUGACGGACCCUUUCUUCCUGUCAAGUUGCGGCCUGGUCAUCCUCAACCACUGGUUGUGGUUCAGGCAUUUCAGCGCCCCUGUCGGAUACAGAGGUGUGCCCAGUUCGAGGAGGGAUUGGUACUCCACGCCUGUAUAUGAUCAACCCACGUUUACUGAGAUCGCGUCGUAUUUCGGGCUGUGCGUCUGGCUCGUGCCUUUCUCCCUAUUCGUCAGUCUGAGCGCAGGCGAAAAUGUCCUCCCUAGCAUGGGAUCGGAAUAUGCGACGGGUGAAAGAGAAGGAGUGGGAUUCAAGAAGGGACAUAAAAGGAGAAACACCGGAAUGGCCAAAGCUGCGGUUAACGGUGCUAAGGACUGGAUGAGCGAGACUGGUGCGGUCAUGGGCUUCUGGAGGGCUGACAACGUCCGACCAACAAGAGAUUUUGAUUGA